AUGGCCCAAAAAGCGAAAAAGGACCGCGCCAAGUCCAAUGCCGCCGCACUCAACAAUCUACAUCUCGGCUCCGCUAUCGUCCACGUCGCAUUUCUUCUCUUCUACUUCGUCUUCAAGUCCCGAUCCCUCUUUUGGUAUAUUCUCAUCUCCGUGCCGGCCCUCGCUUGCGAACUUGUCCUGGAAAAGUCGGGUCGGCCCAAGUACGAUGCCACUAGAUCCCUCAAGACGGCCGGUGAGGACCUCGCCGCCCCUGGUUUGACCGAGUACAUGUUCGACAUCAUUUGGGUCACCUGGGCAUCCAUUGUUCUGGCUAUCCUCUUCGGGAACUGGGCUUGGUUCCUCUGGCUCGCUGUACCCGCGUACGGCGCUUAUGCUGGCUUCGGGCUGGUGAGUGCUGGCAGGAAGAUGGCCGGCCUGGCGGGUGCCAACGACUCUCCUGCCGCGGCACCUGCAGGGAACAGAAAACAGCGGAGGGCGGCUUGA